AUGUCUCAUUGUACGACCUCUUAUCCGCUCUACGUAUCCCACAUUAACUCGUCGUUUUCAGACAAGAUGGAACUCAACGUCCGCAUCCAGAGGGCCAACGGCAUGGCAGGACAGCACAUGGUCCACUUUGAUUCGCGUAGCCAUGGCCCGCCGCACCAGGUUACUUGGUAUUCUGACAUACACAGCACCAAGAGACUCAAAUAUACCACCAUAGUCCGCAACAUGAGAUGGGCAACCGGCGUUGGGAGGACGUUGCACGCAGCUCAGGAAGACGCGGCACGUCAGGCGUUAGCUAUUGAUGAGGACCCUACCGAUCGCCGUGCCCUGUGA